AAACACCAAUUUGGAUGUUGCGUUUGACAGCCUUCAUCGGGUUGGGUGAGAGUGCUAUCGGUUUUUUUUAUUUCAUAAAAAAAGUUGCCAAUUUGCUUCAUUAUUGUCAACGCUGCUGCCGUUGAAAAAUUUCUUACAAUAAAAUAGAAUUUUAUACAAUAGUCUGCUGCCCAACGGAAUAAUCAAAAUCCCAGUCGUUCAAAUAUGGCCACCCCAUCUGCCGGUGUUGUUGUUCCCAGGAACUUUCGUCUUCUCGAAGAACUAGAAGCCGGCCAAAAGGGUGUAUCAGAUGGUACCAUCAGUUGGGGCUUGGAGAAUGAUGAUGAUAUGACUCUUACACACUGGAUGGGCAUGAUAAUUGGGCCACCUCGAAGCCCAUAUGAAAAUAGAAUGUAUUCUGUUAAGAUUGAAUGUGGUCAGAGAUAUCCUGAUGAACCUCCGCUAGCCAAGUUUAUUUCCAGAAUCAAUAUGAAUUGCAUUAACAAUACUACAGGAGUGGUAGACAACAGACAGGUUCCAGUUUUAGCCAGGUGGCAGCGUGAUUAUACAAUUAAGACAGUCCUGCAAGAACUUCGCCGUUUGAUGACUUUAAAAGAGAAUAUGAAGUUAGCUCAGCCCCCUGAGGGCAGCUGCUUUUAGCCCAGCAGUCCCAGAAACAACCUUUUAGGCUACCAUAACAUUGUACGGGACAGGCGGUUUCUGAAUAAUGCCCCACAGAGACCGUCUGCCCACAUGUUUGACACCUAUGGAACAUCUGCUGUGGCCCAAAUUGCCUGUGACAUUCUGUAAGUGAUCUGGAUGCUUGUUGAUCAGUUGAAUCUUGAACAUAUGUCUUUAAACUUGCUGUAAUAAUAUAGGAAAAGUUUGCUGUAAAUCAGAAAUAACAACUCACUACUAAUCAAGAAGCACCUGGUUUCAACUUUUGUAUUAUCAGAGGCUUUAUAGGAAGGUAGUCUGUUUGUGUUUAGGGGCACACUGCGUUUAAUUUUUAAGUUCAUCAUAAUUUAACUCAAUUUACAAGUUUUUAUUUAGUAAAGAGCAAAUUUUAUGUAAUAGGUGAGAUGUGUAAGGAAUAUAAAGUCUGCUAAAUAAACUUUUAUUUUAAA